CGAAUAACAUGAAGUUCUGCACAAUUUCCGUAUCCGCCAUAAACUGAAAAUUUUCAGCAAAAAAGUUUGAGAUGCUUGCCUCCAGUUCAACCUAAAAUAACCUCCCCAUUUUCAUUUUCAUGUUAUAUGUUGAUGUCAAACAAGAGAAAACAUUUUGAUUAAUAGCUAAAGCUUCUUAUGAGUUCAGACGAAAAGCGUGUAGAGGGCAUUGAAGCCGACGAAGCAGCCGCAAGUGCCACCAAACCUCCAGCUUCUGCUUCUACUGUGUCUCCUGAAACUGAAAGAAUGAAGCGUGCUGCGGCUAGAGAACUCAUAGAAAAGUAUUAUUACCAGCUGACUGAUGGUUGUGGCAAUGCAGACUGCACCAACGAACAUUGUGCUUCCAGUAGUCGUUUUGUCCUCCCUAAUAUAACCCGUAAUCAAGCGGCAGUCCAGGCCUUGCAAUUUUUCAAAGAGAAGGCUAAGCUCUGCGAAAGUAACCCUCCAUCAAAGGUUGCCAAAGUGCCCGAGACUGUUGAGAAUGUGAAGGAAAAGGAAGCUGACCGACCAUCGACCUCAACUUCAACUGCUGGAAGCAGGAACAGCUACAGGGAUCAUGUUCUAAAAGUUCCUAAAGAAGUUCCUUGCAUUGAUGAAGAAAAGCUGCUCGGGAUCAUUGAAGGUUGUCGAGCAUCAGACAACUGGUCACUCCUGAUAAAAACUGUGGGUAUGAUAUUCAGCAGUCCAGAAUCCCUGGCGAAAAGUUUCCUGAAAAAGAAACCAGUUGCAGAGGAGGAAAGUGAAGAGGUGCAGAAGAGCAGUGAUGAGGGUGGGGGCUGUGUUGAUUCUGAAAAGGAGAAAAGAAAGGAUAGCGAGUCGACUGAAGAGGAUAGUGCCAAGGAAGCAAAGUCUGCCUCCCUACUGCAAGAUCCAGAUAAAGAUGUGAUGUCUGAUGAUGAGACUACAUGUACAGCGAUAUCCGGUGCUGAUCAGUGGGAAACGAUAUCAGAAUCGUCAGAACCGGGUCAUUCUGAUAUUGACGAGACCGGUAUCCAGCGCAUUGAACUUUCCGGGGAAAACCAGGGUGAGCGGGGUGAUCCCAUGGAAACCAAUACCAGUUUUGACCAGACGCCAUUGGGAGAGAGGUCAUCUGCUUUAGAUGGAUUGACGUUAGAUCUGGAGUCGCUAAAACGGACUUAUAAAGUUUGGUUUGGGAUUCCUGAUCAACCGUUUCAGAGUGCACUAAUAAAUGCACUCAUUUCACUUUCGCGAAAUAUUGAAUAUGAUCUGCGGUACCAGAAAAUGUAUGAAAAGGAUUGUAAUUAUAUUAACAUAUUUAUAAUUGUGAUGGAAAUACCUGACCUGCAUAGUCCGGAGUAUUUAGAACAGGCCUUCGGUAGUUUCUGCAAAGCUCUUGGUGCUUUACCUGUCAAAGCCCAGGGGCACUUGGCAAAAGUUUGGUCCGAAUUUCCCAAGGCUCGCUUACAGGAGAUGGUUCAAUCCCUACAUCAGAUGAUAACAGUCAAGGUCAUAACUGGGCAGUGGACACAGGUUCAUAACCUACAUGAUAAUGAUGUGAUAACGGGCGCUACACGAGUCAUGAAGGUGCUCUAUUACGCCAGCAUUCUUGGCGGGGUCAUGGACCCUCCUGACUUAAUCGCGGCAGAAAAAAUAAUGAACGAAUCAAUCGGUGAGUCUCUGCAGGACCUACUGCAAGGGGCAGUGGCACAUGAACCUAAAGAACAGAAGGAACAAUGGGAGGACCCGUUGGCAAAAGAACUGGGGGUAUCAGUCUUGGACUGCAGACAAUCUUUGAUACCCUGGGAUGAGUUCAUCAAUGAUCCACUUAACGAUCAGAUCGAAAUGGAUAAGGACUUCAUGCAUUACAGAAUUGUAGCGAGCAAAUUUUCUUUCAUGACACAUUCAUUCAUUCUCUCAACUGCCACGAAAAAUUUAGGCAUGUACUUUGACAAUCGAAUUCGUAUGAUAAACGAACGUAGGACUUCUUGGUUACAAAGCAUUGUGCAUGGUGCACCUUCUAUGCCAUAUUUACGGGUGCGGAUUCGGAGAGAUCAUAUUAUCGAUGAUGCACUUGUUGGGCUUGAAAUGGCAGCAAUGGAUAACCCAGCUGAUUUGAAGAAACAGCUCUAUGUUGAAUUUGAUGGCGAGCAGGGCAUUGAUGAGGGUGGGGUGCAGAAAGAGUUCUUCCAGUUGGUUGUAGAGGAGAUAUUCAAUCCAGAUUUUGGCAUGUUCACAUACAAUGAAGACACCCGAUGCUUCUGGUUCAACCCCACCUCGUUUGAGAACGACGGCCAAUUCACGCUCAUUGGAAUCGUCCUUGGUCUUGCCAUAUAUAACAACGUCAUAUUAGAUGUUCACUUUCCUAUGGUCGUCUAUCGGAAGCUGAUGGGCAAGAAAGGAACGUUUUUCGACCUCAAGGAUUCGCAUCCCGUGUUAUUCCAGAGUCUGAAGGAGUUGCUUGACUAUGAAGGAAACGUUGAGGAAACAUUCAUGCAGGCGUUCCAAAUCAGUUACCAGGAUGUGUUCGGUACCAACCUGACCCAUGUUCUCAAAAAAGAUGGCGAACAAGUCCCUGUGACAAAUGAAAAUAGAAAGGAAUUUACCGAUAUGUAUGCAGACUAUCUCCUGAACAAGUCUGUGGAGAAACAGUUCAAGGCUUUCAAGCGUGGAUUCUGUAUGGUGACGGAUGAGAGCCCUCUCAAGAUGUUGUUCAGGCCGGAGGAAGUUGAACUACUUGUCUGUGGAAGCAAGGACUUUGACUUCAAGGACUUAGAGCAAGCAGCUGAUUAUGAUGGCGGAUACACAUCAGAAUCAAAUACCAUAAAGUAUUUCUGGGAAGUUGUACACAAAUUUAGUGAUGACCAGAAGCGGCAGUUGCUGCAGUUUACUACGGGAAGCGAUCGUAUUCCAGUAGGAGGCCUUUCAAAACUCAAGCUGAUUAUCGCAAGGAAUGGACCAGAUACAGACAGACUGCCAACAUCCCACACCUGCUUCAACGUGCUACUUCUUCCCGAGUACACAUCCAAAGAGAAACUCGAGGAACGACUACUAAAGGCCGUUACUCACGCUAAGGGAUUUGGAAUGCUUUAGAGACAAUCAUAAUACAAUACACUCGGCUCUGUCCUGUUCAUUAGUGGUCUGAAAUCAGUCCAAAUCUGAAUAAGAUGUAAAGGCCUGUCUCCACAUUAGAACAGGCCGCAUAUCACACUCAAGACCAUUGUUAUUUUAUGUUACAUUGCCCACAAAAACGGUAUUGUGUGUAAUAUGAUGUGUUAAACACUAAUGCUGAUGGUGGCCAUAUCUCUUUUUCAACCACUAGCUUGGUUGUGUGAAGAUUUCUGUAGCACCUUGGCUUUAAAAGUCACCUCCUGCUGGACUUUGUCGGUAUUAGUAUGGCCCUCACGAAGAAUAGGACAGAGCCCUGGUUGCAGACCAACUUGGUAAAACCCUCUGAAACUAAACACAAAACCACCUACAGGUCGUUCUUCAAACAAUUUAAUCUGGUCAGAUUUGGGAUCAAAAGGAAGGUAGCCUGGACAAGGCCUUCAGAUGACUGUGAUGCUAAACAACACACCAUUAUGGCAUGACAGAACAUGUAGAGUGAUAUGUAAAGACGUUGGUGCUUGUGCCAUUGUAUCAUAAUAUGUGUAAUAAGAACGUUUUUUAUAUGUUUGUUAUGUUGUAUAAAAAAUUGGUGUACAUUCUUGGUUGUAUGUACAGGGGCUGAUCACUUGACAUAUUUUGGAGAUUGGUUUUGUACAUGAACAUGUACAUGUACAUGUAUUGGACUAUUUUACCACUUAGUUGUUAAGGUGAAGUUUAAUUCAAAACUUUGUGACUCAUCAGCUUAUUUGCAAACUCUGCGAGAAUACAACUCCCGCAAAGAUUUGUUUAUUUGCAGUAUUUGACUUUCCUAGUCAGGUGUACUGGCAUCCUUGAGUUGGAGCAGUGAGUGAUAAGGUCAAUGCAACCAGUUGGAGUGGGACAGCCGUUGGGUUUAAAUUUGUGUAUGCUUGUAAAUAUUGCUGCUUUGAACUGUGGAUAUUUUCUUGACGACGUGGAUUGGGAUGGGAGAGACAUGUUCAGAAUUCAUGAAUCUUGUCUGAAACUGGACACUUUAGUCUUAAACUAGUACCACAUUACAUGGUCAUGGUGUGCAAAAAUACAUGUUUACCCAUAGAUAAUCAAUAAAUCUGAAAUAAUUUAUCUUUUGGUACGUUGCUAAUUGUUUGUACGUGUUGAUGUAUUUGUACAAGACACCCGAUGCUGCAGGUUCUGUAUCGUCGAUGGACAAACUACAGAUUAACAUGGCCAUGUUCUGCUGUAUAGCUCUAGUUUGUUCACAGUGGGGUUGUCCGAUGAGAUGUGUGCAGGUUUGGGCAUCAGAACAAGAGAAGAAUGUGAAUUGGUAUUUAGUGCCGGGGUCAACACUCAUUAUUUGGCCUUUUACCUACAAAACAUAAAACUUUGUGUUUAGAAUGCAAAGGAAGAUAAAAUUGUUGAUAAGUUGUAGCUAAGGUACCGUAUAUGAUAAAGAUAAUAAAGAUUAAAAUAAUCAAAA